AAUGGGUAAAAAGUAUCAUCACACCGACAUCUUUUGAUUUAAAUACUGUAACAACAGGUAACAAAUUUAUCAGUCACCUUGUUGUAUUUGUCGCCGAAAGAACAAACACAAUAUUAUUUAACUACCGUAUAACGACAGAAAUAAAAUGAUAACUAAGGUACUCAUCAUUGUCGCCUGCGGGUCUCUCGCGUUCGCCCAAUAUGCAGCACCCAGAGCUUACGUUUUGGAGCCCAAGUACGCACCAAUUCCAUACAGCUUCCAAUACAACGUAAACGACCCAACCACAUACGACGUCAAGAGCCAAUCCGAAUCAAGCGAUGGCAACGGCAACGUCAAAGGAUCAUACAGCCUUUUGGAAGCCGAUGGUUCCACCCGCGUCGUUGAAUAUACAGCCGAUGACAACAAUGGUUUUAACGCAGUCGUUAAAAAAAUCGAAGGAGGAUACAAAGCCCCAUACAGUGGCCCGGCCCCAGCUUACAAGCCAGCUUACGCAGGAAGUUGGCGUAACAUGAAACUUUGGGACCUCCUCCCGUAAAAAUGUUAAAAAUUGGCUCCUAAUAUAUUGUUAUGCAAAUAAUUUAAAUACAACUCCUAUAACCAAAGACCCCAAAUUACCUCCCCCCCGUACGCGGGGCCUACGGGUCCUCAGUUACGCCAUUGACCCAGCACCCGCAUACUCUGCACCAUCCUAAGAACCAGCCCCAUACAAGGCAUCUAAUUCUCAACCAAAAACUAUUCCAACUGCAUCACAACCCCUUUCACUGAGCUAAGUUCUCAUUAGCGAGAAACAGCUUUCCUUCUCACAUUACCCGAACAUGUUUAAUUUGUUUAGUUGUUAAUUUAUUUAUCAAAUAAUAAAUAAAUUAUUUGAUUCAUAUUACAAA